UUUUCUCUCUCUUCCCGCGUUUGACCUCUCAUUUUCUCGCUCCCCAAACGCACAUGCUCUGCGAAACUGGAAGCCAAUCCAUUUACCAGAUCUCCACAGACCCAUUUUCAAGCUCAAACCUUUACUUCAUUCCAUUUCAGUUCUAGCUUUGCCCAGAUGAGAUUUUCCCAGACGCUAAAAGUGACUAAAACUUGCCAUGACUUUCUCAAGCUUCCAAAUUUGGUCGCCAUUGUUGUGCUUUUGAGUUUGCUACAAUGCGUGCGGUUCGGCCGGUGCCAGAACGUGGAUGACUAUAGCGAUUUCAAUAACUCUGCGGUUCUUCCUUUUGUCACGCAGCUCGUCUAUGGCCGACUCACCAAUCUCACUACUUCUCUCAUGAAGAAUGAUAUUGGAAACCAGUCAAGCUUCUGCUUUAAGGAUUCGGAAGCUGAUUGGAACCGGGCGUUUAAUUUUUCCAACAAUUUGGAUUUCUUGUCUUCUUGCAUUCAAAAGACCAAUGGCGAUAUUUCAAGGCGUUUGUGUACAGUGGCAGAAGCAAGGUUCUACUUCAAGAGUCUGUUUGGUGGAGCUAAGAGUGCCAACUAUUUAAGACCCAACAGGAAUUGUAAUUUGAGCUCUUGGCUUUCUGGUUGUGAGCCAGGAUGGGCCUGUAGUAUCGACCCCAAUGAGGAAGUUGACCUAAGUAAUUCGAAGGAAAUUCCCGCGCGAACUCUUGACUGCAAGACUUGUUGUGAGGGCUUUUUCUGUCCUCAUGGUCUUACAUGCAUGAUUCCUUGCCCAUUGGGUUCUUAUUGUCCCCUCGCGAGACUCAACAAAACGACCGGUGUAUGUGAACCAUAUCAUUACCAACUACCUCAAGGACGACCAAACCAUACUUGUGGGGGAGCUAAUAUUUGGGCGGAUGUCGGGAGUAGUAGUGAGGUGUUUUGUUCAGAAGGAUCAUAUUGUCCGACCACCACCGAGAAAAUCAAUUGCAGUAGUGGACAUUAUUGCAGGAAGGGUUCCACAUCUGAGAAACGUUGCUUCAAGUUGGCUUCCUGUAAUCCAAACACAGCAAGUCAGGACAUACAAGCAUAUGGGAUAUUGCUAAUAGCUGCUUUGGGUACUCUACUACUCAUUAUUUACAACUGUUCUGACCAAGUUCUGAACACUAGGGAAAGGAGACAAGCUAAAUCCAGAGAAGCAGCAGCCCGAAGUGCUAGGGAUACUGCCAAAGCACAGCAGAGGUGGAAAUCUGCAAAAGAUGCUGUUAAGAAGCGCGCGAGUGGAUUGCAAGCUCAAUUGUCUCGCACAUUUUCUCGUAAAAGAGAUGUCACAAGUUUCGAGAAACUUGCUAAACCUGAAGCAGAAGAUGAUGUAUCACCUUCACAUCCAACCGCUUCUGUUGGUAUAUCUAUGUCUUCAUCUGUGGAAUCAGAAGGAAAUAAAAAGGAAGCUAGUGACCUCAUGCGGACCAUACAUGAGAUUGAAAAAGACCUAGAUCAUUUUGAAGGUUUCAAUUUUGAUACUUCAGAUAACAGUGCGAUGAACCUGCCUAAGGGAAAACAAAUUAGCACACACAGCCAAAUUUUCAAGUAUGCAUAUGCUCAACUUGAGAAAGAGAAAGCUCAGCAGCAAGAGUAUAAGGAUCUGACCUUCUCCGGAGUAAUCAAAAUGGCUACUGAUAAUCGAAUCAGGAAGCGGCCCCUGAUCGAGAUUUCUUUCAAAGACCUGACCCUUACUUUGAAAGCCAAAAAAAAGCACCUAUUAAGAUGUGUUACUGGUAAUAUCAAGCCUGGUCGUAUUACGUCUGUCAUGGGCCCAUCAGGUGCUGGUAAAACAACAUUACUAUCUGCUAUAGCUGGAAAAGCUAUCGGAUGCAAUGUGACUGGUUCAAUUUUAAUAAAUGGAAAGCAUGAAUCGAUCCACUCUUACAAGAAGAUCAUAGGUUUUGUGCCUCAAGAUGAUAUUGUGCAUGGAAACUUGACUGUGGAAGAGAAUCUCUGGUUCAGUGCAAAGUGCAGACUGUCAGUGGACUUGCUGAAACCAGAUAGAGUUCUGGUUGUUGAAAGAGUCAUCGAGUCAUUGGGACUUCAGACGGUGCGCAAUUCUCUGGUUGGAACUGUAGAGAAGCGAGGAAUAUCUGGCGGCCAGAGGAAACGAGUUAAUGUGGGAUUAGAGAUGGUUAUGGAACCUUCACUUUUGAUCUUGGAUGAACCUACAUCUGGUUUGGACAGUGCAUCUUCCCAGCAACUUCUUCGAGCACUUAGACGUGAAGCUCUUGAAGGGGUAAACAUCUGCAUGGUGGUUCACCAACCAAGCUAUGCCUUGUUCAAGAUGUUCGACGAUUUAAUCCUCCUGGCAAAGGGUGGUCUAACCGUGUAUCACGGACCAGUGAAGAAAGUAGAAGACUACUUUGCAGGCCUUGGGAUCAACAUCCCUGAGCGUGUGAACCCCCCAGACUACUUUAUUGACAUUUUAGAGGGUAUCGUGGAUCCCGGUAAAGUCGCAAAAGCGAACUAUAAGGAGCUUCCUUUCAGAUGGAUGCUUCACAAGGGGUACGAAAUUCCCCCUGAAAUGAGGCGGUAUGCACAGGAAAUUGCAUCAUCCUCAAUGGCUGUGGAAUUAGUUAAUGAAACAACUACAGAUGCUACUGGUGUUGAGGAACAAUCUUUUGCUGGAGAGUUGUGGCAAGAUAUGAAAAAUAACGUCGAACUUCAGCGGGAUAAGAUACGGCUCAACUUUUUGAGUUCUAAAGAUUUAUCUAAACGGAAAACUCCAGGUGUAUUUCAACAAUAUAGAUACUUUCUUGGAAGGGUUGGUAAGCAAAGACUACGAGAAGCUAAAAUACAAGCUGUUGAUUAUUUGAUUUUACUGCUUGCUGGAGCUUGCUUAGGAUCCCUUUCUAAAGUGAACGAUGAAAAUUUUGGUGCAGCUGGUUAUACUUACACCAUUAUUGCAGUUUCUCUUCUAUGCAAAAUUGCGGCUUUAAGAUCAUUUUCGCUCGACAAGUUACACUACUGGAGAGAAAGUUCUUCUGGCAUGAGCAGCUUGGCUUAUUUUCUUGCUAAGGACACAAUAGACCAUUUCAACACAUUGGUCAAACCUCUGGUGUAUCUCUCAAUGUUCUAUUUCCUCACCAAUCCAAGAUCUUCCUUCGCAGAUAAUUACGUUGUUCUGCUCUGCCUUGUUUACUGUGUGACUGGUAUAGCCUAUGCAUUAGCCAUCCUCUUUGAACAAGGUGCUGCUCAGCUGUGGUCAGUGCUUCUCGCUGUUGUCUUAACUCUCAUUGCAACACGGACGGAUAAUAGCAAAAUGAUAAAGAAUUUAGCUAAUUUCUGCUACCCCAGAUGGGCUUUAGAAGCUUUUGUGGUCGCAAACGCAGAAAGGUACUAUGGAAUAUGGCUGAUAACUCGCUGUGGUUCCCUUCUGAAGAGCGGCUAUAGUCUCCAUGAUUGGACUCUUUGUAUAUUGGUACUCAUCCUCAUCGGUAUUAUUAGCCGCGCAACAGCAUUCUUCUGUAUGGUAACUUUCCAAAGGAAGUGAAACCAGAUGACAAUCCUCCUCUUUGCCAGUCUAUCUAUAUACCAUAACUACCAAACAGGAAGUUUCAACACUGAGGAGCUUAUAAUUCCUCAAACAUGUUGAGAGAGAGAUAUUCUCGUCAUGAUGAGAGCAGUAAGACUCAAGAAUUGGUGGAUUUGACAUACCUACUAACACUGACAAACAAAAAGACGGAGAUGGAAGUCUUUUUUUUUUUUUUUUUCUGUUUUUGACUGAAAGAUAUAUAGAUUAUUUAUCCAUUGUUUCAGAAUUCAUAUAUUUAGCAAGAGCAACCCAAUUAUAGCAAUUCAUAUAGGUUGUAUCCAAAAGUUCUUUUUACGUGGAUUUUUUUAUUCAUUUAUAGUGAAAAAGGGUGUGUGAUUUUUAUGUGUAGGCUAUCUCCGAACAAUUGCUUAUGUGAAAUUGAACUCGUGAA